AUGGUUUGGUGGGGAAUUUGCUUUGAUGGCACCACAAAGCUCCAUUUGUGAGAAAAAAGGAAUUAAAACAGACGCUAAAAAAUAUCAGGACGAUAUUUUGGAACCUGUUGUCAAGCCUAUAAAUGAUACUGUUUGCUUUAAAUCAUUGGAUUUUCCAGUAGGAUUUCGCUCCAGCUAACAAGGUCAGGUCAACUCAGCAGUGGCUGCAUAAGAACAUGCCAGAGUUCAUCUCUGUCUCGGAUUGGCUCCCAAAAGCCAUGAUCUCAACCCACUAGAUUAUCGGCUUUGGUCCGAACUGGAGAGGAUGGCAUGCCACACCUUAGAGCAUACCCCAA